CUAAGCAACAGCGUGGUUUGGCAAAGUUGAGAAGAAAAAGGCUGUGGACGUGAUCUGAGAAAAUGACUGGAGAAAACGACGAACCGAUUAAGAUGGAAGCUCCACAUAUAUAUGUAGAGAGAACCUUGGCAAUUAUCAAGCCAGAUUCAACACAUAAAGCAGAAGAAAUAGAGGAUAUUAUUCUCCGAUCAGGAUUUGCCAUUCUUCAGAAAAGAAGAGUCCACCUCACUCCAGAACAAGCCAGUGACUUCUAUGCAGAACACUAUGGGAAACUGUUCUUCCCAAGUCUCGUGGCAUACAUGAGCAGUGGCCCGAUCAUUGCACUGGUCCUGGCGAGAGACCGAGCCAUCUCCUACUGGAGGGAACUUGUUGGCCCAACUAACACACUGAAAGCCAGACAGACACAUCCAGAUUGUUUGAGGGCGAUCUAUGGCACAGAUGAUCAGAGGAACGCACUUCACGGAAGUGACAGUUUCUCCAGUGCACAGAGAGAAAUCCGAUUUUUCUUUCCCGACAGUGUGGUGGAACCAGUUGCCAUUGGCCAAGCAGCCAAAGACUAUUUGUCUAAGGCUGUGAACCCAACCCUCCUCAAGGGGUUGACAAAUCUCUGCAAGCAAAAGCCCAAGGACCCUGUGAUCUGGCUUGCUGACUGGUUGUUGGAGAACAACCCAAACAAGCCCAAGGUCAGACAGCCAUUUGUGGAGGAGCCUCAGUGAUGGUGGAUAUCAACAACCACAUCUAUACACUCCUUGUAAAUAUGCCCCUUGUAUGUGAAAAAUGUACAGAAUGUUAUUGUCAAAUAUAAACAAAUAAACAAAAAAACACUU